UAAGGAGAAAUAAACUUGAUAUAGGUCUGUUUCAUUAAUGGAUUAUUAGAAAUUUAGUCGACCAAAUAACUAAUUUUCUAUUUGUUUUUUAUUUAUCUUUGGAAGAAACACCACUUUCAAUGCUAGGACUCAUACAAACCAUUUAGGGUUUCAAUGGGAAUAGAGAAACUCCUAUAGGAAAUCUACCUAUAAAAAUGGUGGGAAUAUGGGUGUGAGGUGAGGAAUAGAAAAGGAAAGAGAUGAAGUAAACUGGAGGGUUGGGCUUGAUUUUAUUUUCACUUCCAUGGACUUUUUGUGAUGCCUUCAAAAAUUUAGGUAUGGUUUUCCCUGAACACAGAUGUUAUAACCUUGCAUUUAGUGAACUGUGUUUUUGAAUGACUAUUUCUCUUGAAAACCAUAUAAAAUGUGGACUGGAUGUUAUAAGAAGUUGAACAAAUUCUUUAGUAUUCUGUUAAAGGUCCAUGAUUCCAGGUCCAAUAAGGAAUAAGGAUUUGCCUUGUUUGGUAAGCCACUUAUAUCUGUCAAGUUCUUUAUUAAUGACCUUGAAAUGAGCUUCUCAAAAUUUAUUGAUAAAACAAGAACCAGCAUUGAACUCAUUUGCAUCGAGUAUGGAUAUUUCUGGUAAGAUAUUGGUACUCAAUAUUUUUUUUCUUCACGGUAUAUACAUAUUUAUUUUGGCAUAGCUGGGUGGUUAUGUUAGCAAAUCAGGCUCAUGAUUAAGCUGAUGUCAUUGUAGUGUUAAACUUAGAAGAGAGUUCAAUCUUUUUUAUAAGCUUGUGGUCUUUGGCUCUUUCUACAAAUUUUGUUUGAUGUCCUUUGAUGCUGCGUCUGAAGAUGAAGCUGAAAAGUAUGAGAGAACAUUUAUUCUCCAGCUGCUAGGUUCUGAUGGUUCCAGUACUGGCAAAGAGUUUCUUAAACAGUCUGCUGCAGAUUAUGUCAACAGUUUUGAUUCGUCAUUGCAUGAUUUUCCAAAACAUGAACAGCUGCAGCAGCAGUACUGUGUUAAAAUCCCUCCAGAACCAUAUAAUUGCUUGUGUAAGGAUGGUUCAGUGAAAAGUUUGGUGCCAGACCCUGAUGUACCCCUUGGUUGUGAUGCAAACUCACCUGAGUUUGACCUGCAACCUGGAGCCAAACCUAAACUUGGAUCUGGAGAUAGAGAAGAUACAGUGCUUGGGCUGUUGCGGAACUUGUCGCCGGAAGGAUUAGAUCCUCAGUGGAUCAGACCUCUUCCACCAAGGCUUCCGGUACAGGAGGGCGAGCUAGUGUGGCUCAACCCUGACGAGAAUCAUGAACUUUUAUGGGACUAUGGUAUGUGUGUUGAUACUAGCAGAGGGGCAGCCGUUAGAGACUUAAUUGCAAAAGCUUUGAAGGGACCUCUUGUGCCUCCACAACAAGAGCAAGUCUUGGUGGAGUUGGCAAAUGACCCAAAGCUCGUGUAUCAUUGUGGACUGACACCGAGAAAGCUACCAGCACUGGUGGAGAAUAAUCCUCUAAUUGCAGUUGAAGUUCUCACCAAAUUGAUAAAUUCCCCUGAAAUUGCGGAAUAUUUUACAGUGCUUGUCAAUAUGGACAUGAGUCUACACUCGAUGGAAGUUGUUAACAGGCUUACAACAACAGUUGAACUUCCUUCUGAGUUCAUACGCAUGUACAUAACUAACUGUAUAUCAUCUUGCGAGAACAUCAAGGAUAAGUACAUGCAGAACAGACUUGUGAGACUUGUUUGUGUUUUCCUCCAAAGCCUUAUCCGAAAUAAUAUCAUCAAUGUCAAAGAUCUUUUCAUCGAAGUUCAAGCUUUCUGCAUUGAAUUCUCGCGUAUUAGGGAGGCAGCUGCUUUAUUUAGGCUUCUCAAGACCUUGGAAUGAAUUGAUCCUUUUUGUUGGCCGUAGUUUUCUUGGACUAAAUAAUUAGCUUUCCUUUCCUUUUGUUGUUCUUUACAUGUAGAUAAAAACACUAUCAAUUAGAGUGCAGAGUGUCUCUCUCUCUGUCUCUGCGCGCGCGCGCGUGUGAUCCACCAUUAUUGUACCAGUUCGUGCUUAAAAGAUAAUAAGACGAGUUUGGCAUGCAUGCAUGUUGAAAUUUACCC